CGCGAAUAACCAACUUGCCCUAUUGAUCGUGUGACAAAUGAAUGGUUUGAACUUUUAAGCUGUUAGAUUUUGUAACAGUUCAGAGUGGUCUGACCAUUUUGGCAGCUAUUUAAGUGGGAAGCGCCCUAAAAUGAGUAUAAAGAGAUGUUUUUGGUCAUUGUAAUUUUUCUUCUCUUCGAGCCUUUCCUAAUAUCAGCUAACCAAGGAGAGGUGAUCCAAACCGAUUCAGGUUUAAUACGAGGCAAGAUCCAGUCGUCAAGUUUAGCCGAAGUCAAUGUGCAAAAGUUCCUUAAUAUUCCGUACGCCGAACCUCCAGUUGGUGAACUAAGGUUUCAAAAACCUCAACCUAAAAAGCCUUGGAACGGCACCUUAAACACCACUGAAGAUAUAACCGCAUGUAUUCAACCAGAAAGGCCAGGUCUAACACUCACCGAAGAUUGCUUAAUUCUCAAUGUUUGGACACCAUUUCCACGUCCUAAGAAUGCUAGUGUUAUGGUUUGGAUUCACGGUGGAGCGUUUCGUCACGGCAGCUCAGGCGAGUAUCCUGGUACAAAUUUUGUCGCCGUUGGCGGUGUUAUUCUGGUUACUAUCAAUUACCGACUUACAGCUCUGGGGUUCCUUGCAACUGGAGAUGACCGAAUCAAAGGUAAUCUCGGUCUAUACGACCAACGUUUGGCGUUGAAAUGGGUGAAAGAUAAUAUCGAAUAUUUUGGGGAUUCAAAUUCAAUCACCCUCUUUGGUGAGAGUGCUGGAGGUGCCAGCGUCUCGGCGCAUACCGUAUCUAAAGGAAGCUGGGAAUAUUUUGAUAAAGCUAUUUUCCAAAGCGGAAACAUGCUUAUGCCUUGGGCGAUUAUGACUGAUACUCAAACCAAAGGCGGUUUACGAUGGUUUCUGGAGAAGGUUAAAUGCAGCGAUGAUGAUAAUUUAAUCGAAUGUCUCCGAAAUGUGAGCGUAGACACAUGGAAGAAAAUCUCCAAUCGCAAGGAUUUUUGGACAGUAUGGACCGGUCCUAUUGUCGAUAAAGAAUUUAUAACUGAUCAGCCAAAAAAAAUAUGGGAAAGUGGAAACGUUAAAAAGCAAGAUGUAAUACUUUCCUUCACCAAAGAUGAAGCGUUUCUAAAUGAUCAAGAGCUAUUGAAAACGUCCAAGAACAUUAGCGACUAUUUGAAUUGGUUCGAACACAAAUUAAAAGCACAUUUUAAAAAUGCAUCAGAGGCGGUGUACGAGAAAGCGAGAGAACUUUACAAGCCGAAGUGUAUCCCUUCCUUUCUAGAGGCUUUGAAACCGAGUGUAGCAUUUGGAACAGACGAAUCGUUUAUUUGUGCCAGCAGACACGAGGCUAAACUAAGAUCCAAAAUCAUGAAUACUACACAUGUGUACGUAUUUCAAUAUUCUCAUACCCCAUUGGUAAAAUACGUGACGUACUUGUACCCUUAUGGAGUGUUUGGAUUUUCAGCUCAUGGACUUGAUGUUGUGUCAGUCUUUGGUGAACCGGUUAAUAACACGCUGUUCCGGCCUGACGAUCAAACGCUCGCUAUGAGGAUGAUACUGUACUGGACAAACUUUGCUAAAACCGGCAACCCAAAUUCAGGCACAACACGAUUACCGAUUGUAGUUGGCAAUGUGGAUAGUUUACCAACAUGGCCUCGAUAUAGCAAUGACAAAGAAGAAUUCCUAGACAUGGAUAGUUUCUCUCAGACGACGGUGCGAAAAAAGAUCCGUGAAAAGCAUUGUGAUUUCUUAAUGGACCCGGAAGGAUUUCUCAAACGACAAGUAACCAGCGCUUCGACAAGGGAUUUUCUUACAUUUUAUGUUUGGCUCAUCAUAGCGCAAAUGACCCUAUUUUUAGUCUAAAAAAUUUAAAUCAUUGUCUGCAUGAAUGUGUGUAUUCGAUUUUGAUUUUGAUCCAAAAAUAGUAUUGAGUUGAGUCAUCAGCAUAACAUCGAUCCUAGCUAUAAUCCUAGGUUAAACGUCGCAUUUUGGUCGCGUCGAAUGCAAUUCAAACAAUAGAUAAUGAGAUGAUAAUGAGGCUUAAUGAGGUGUAUCAUCUCAUGAUCUUCAGGGUGUCUCAAAAAAAAACGCAAGAAUAUGCAAGAAUAUACAAGAAUAUUAAUAUUGUUCGGGU